CAUUUGCAUUUGCACUCGCAUUCGCAUUCGCAUUCGCAUUCCCCACUCCUGCGCAUCCCUUCGUUGCUGGAGGCCACUGGUCGCGCCUGUGUCUCGUAUCGCCUUUUCCCCCGUGGCUUGUCGGGCUCGAAGUCGGGCUCUUCCUGCUUUUCUCUUUUUUUUCAGAUCCAGCUGCCGGGAGAACCUGAGUUCUUCCGAUGACAGGAAAGCUUACACUCAGAGAUCUCUAUAAGAUUAUGGUUGAAUAACACGUGCUUGUGACUCAAAAUACUUGAGCGUUUAAGUUCCGGAGGUCAUUCUUCUCCCCAUUUAUAAACGAUUCAGCCCCGCUUCAGCUGAUAGAAGCUGGGGGUUCCAAAAAAGACACAGCCAUAGACGUUGUGCACCUUGUGGAGCACAGGAGCAAGAUGCCGACCCUGUCGUUAAUCAAUUUCAACAUCGUCUGUGCGACGUUGGGGGGUUUCAUCUCCGUCUUCGGAUUGGUGUCCUACCUCUUCAAGGAGAGAUUUUAUCUAUCGGAAGCAUUGAUUUCCUUGCUGGCGGGGGUUAUCUUCUCUCCCCAUGCAGCCAAUUUCAUAAGACCCCAAGAGUAUGCGCUUGGCUCGGAGCAAAACCUAGAAGAGAUCACCUUGUAUUUCACUCGUCUAGUGCUCGGGGUUCAGCUGGUCCUCGCUGGGGUGCAGCUCCCCAAACGGUACCUGCAGAUAGAAUGGAAGAGCUUGUUGCUCCUCCUGGGCCCCGGCAUGGCUGCCAUGUGGAUGUGUAGCAGCCUGAUCAUUUGGGCCAUGGUACCAAACUUUCCGUUUCUUCAUGCUCUCAUAGUGGCCGCUUGCAUCACCCCUACCGACCCGGUGCUUUCCAAUUCAAUUGUAAAAGGGAAAUUCGCGGACAAGAAUGUUCCCCGUCCUUUGCAGCGCAUAAUUAUCGCCGAGUCAGGCGCCAAUGACGGCCUCGGAUAUCCCUUCCUCUUCUUUGGCCUGUAUCUCCUCAAGUACAUCGGUAUGGGCGGCGAGGGGUACAGUGGAGGUGCUGGGAAGGCCAUGGGCCUCUGGUUCUACGAAACGUGGGUCUAUACAGUGAUCGUGAGUGUCGUCUACGGGAUCACUGUCGGGUGGCUAUCCCGCGAGCUGCUUCACUGGGCAGAGGAGAAGCAUUACGUUGACCGAGAAAGUUUCCUUGUUUUUGCAAUCGCUCUUGCUCUCUUUAUCGUGGGUACGUGUGGAAUGAUAGGGACAGACGAUCUCCUAGCCUGCUUCGUUGCCGGCAAUGUGUUCACGCAGGAUGACUGGUUUCGUCUGGAGACCAUGGACGAUUCCUUGCAACCCACUAUCGAUAUGUUGCUGAACUUGGCGGUGUUCAUGUGGUUUGGCGCUGUCUGUCCAUGGCCAUCGUUUCUUAACAACAACGUGAUCCCCAUCUACCGCUUGAUCUUCUUGGGAAUCCUGAUCCUAGUAGUUCGACGGAUGCCCAUCAUCUUUGCAAUGCACAAGUGCAUUCGUCAAAUCGAGCAUUUCUAUCAAGCAGCGUUCGUUGGAUUCUUUGGACCCAUUGGGGUCGGAGCAGUCUUCUAUUUGUCGGUCAGCCGGGAAUUUCUGCAUCAGAUAACCGUCGAUGGCAAGGUUCGCGAAGACGCCCAAAAAGUGUCCGAGGCCGUUGACGUCAUCGUUUGGUUCUUGGUCAUUUGCAGCAUAGUCGUUCAUGGACUCUCGAUUCCCCUGGCCAAAGCUGGAUACCAUCUUCCACGAACCAUCUCGCAUGCACUCAGCACCAGCACCAUGGUGGAACGUGACGCGGUUCCCAUAGCAAAUAUCCAGCAUACGCACAGUACAGCGACGCGAAGCACAAUGCCGACUACCAAUCGCAAUCGGAAACGGGGCAAUAAUGCACGGGACACCCCCGAUCCCACUGUUCUCCAAAUUGGUCGGUCUGUUAUCCGGACCACAUCCUCGCAGGAGCAGAUUGGGACGGGACAUGCAGGGGAGCCCGCACGGCCUGUUAACCUCGUUAUCCGGGAGAAUGAUGAAGAAAGCAGUACGGAUAGCAGCAGCCUGACACCGCCAGUUCAGACUCAUGCGUAGACCAGGAUUGGAUAAGAACCAUUGGCACCAUGUGCUGGGAUUGAACGAUGUCUAUCGCGGAAUUUUCAUCUAGUCAAGUGAUGAUGGCGAAGUGGGAGGGUGAUCCAGAGAUGGAGUAGAGGAAGCUAUAUGUUAUGGAAGGAAGAUUCUACCUACUGAUCAGUGAUGUUCCAAGGUCCACCAUAUCCUGCUUGUUAUUUAAUAGAUAUGGUGAAUGAACUCUUUGACAUGGUAGACUAAACAAUAACCAUCUUGUCUCUAGAUGAGCCCUCAAAAUGCAG